CCAAAGUCGAAUUUCUGAGGAGGAACCAGCAAUAUGGUUGAGCUUGCAGCUCGCUCUGCGUUCAAGUACUAUUACUAUGACCCCUCGCUCGCUGCAGCGGUCAUCUUCAUCAUCUGUUUCCUUAUCACCUCAAUCUGGCACACGUAUCAAUUAAUCCGUACGAGAACAUGGUUCUUCAUCCCCUUCCUCGUAGGAGGGUACUUCGAGUUCAUCGGAUACUGUGCGCGCGCCGUUUCAGCAGAGCAAUCGCCGGACUGGACCAUGGGUCCGUUUCUGGUCAAUUCCCUGAUGCCACUGGUGGCGCCAGCGCUAUUCGCGGCUAGUAUCUACAUGAUGCUCGGUCGACUUAUUGUGGCUCUUCACGCCGAGAAAUAUAGCAUGAUCAGCCCCAAAUGGAUGACCAAGAUCUUCGUGUUGGGCGAUGUCCUGUCUUUCUUGCUUCAAUCUGGAGGCGCUGGCAUGAUGGCUGGGAAAACGCAGUCCAGCUUCAAGACCGGAUCGAACAUCAUCGUUGUGGGCUUGGUGGUCCAAAUAGUAUUCUUCGGAUUCUUCAUCGUCACGACCGGCUUCUUUCAUUGGCGUAUGGUCAGUCAGCCUACCACUUACUCGCUGGGCUCGGGCAUCAACUGGAUGAAACUGGUGUAUACGCUUUACGCGGCGAGCGUUUUGAUCCUCGUGCGGUCCAUUUAUCGGUUGGUUGAAUAUAUCGAAGGAUUUGGCGGCUAUUUGCUCUCGCACGAAGUGUAUCUUUACUGUUUUGAUGCCUUGUUGAUGUUUGUUGUGAUGCUGAUCUUCCACUUGAAUCAUCCCAGUGAGCUCAAUGCGUGGCUUCGGUCUGGUGGAUUGGUAAGCAAGGGGUUCAAGUUUGAGCGUUUGAAAGGGGAUACGAUGCCGAUUGCGUGAG